UUCGCCGGGCCGCGGGCUGGGCACGCGACAGAAGCGGCGCGGGGGCGCCACCCUCGGCCCGGCGCUCGGGUUACAGCCGCCGCUUCCCGGCUUCCCCGCCCGCGCCUCGCCGGUUCACCGGCGCCGGCAGACACAUUGUAACGGAACUGGGACGCCAGCGCUGCAUUGUGGGAGCUUUUCAAGCGGCGGGGAGUGCGGCGGGGCCUCUGGGGCCCACCCGGCCACGCUGUACCCCCGGCUCCCCCAGCACGGCCCCGCUGCAGCUCGGCCAGCCACACAUUCCCCGGCCUCCGAGGCAUGUGGGCCCGAAAGCCAAAAUGUGGCAGUGAUUCAGCUACCCCCUUCUCAGCAGCAGGCAGUGACAGACAGGAGACGAAAAACAGCGAAUGAAUCAGACCGCAGUUGACCAUGCCCCAUUAAAUGGAGAACAUUCCCCACUGUAACUGUCAGCACGGCUGCUGCCUGGGACAACCACAACAAACCUGGCUGCAGCUGCCGUCGGGAUCCAAGCCUGAGAGAAUGGUGAUUUUACAAUAUUCUGCUGACGCUUCCUGGCAUCUGUGAGGUGACAAUCUCAGAACACCUAGAAAGAAAAACAUUACUGAUAUCAGGGAUCAUUGGACUAAUCCAAUAGAGUUUGGAGAAUAAAACUAGAUGUGGAGAAAUAUCAAUACUCUAUUGAACAUUUUCUUAAGUUCCUACCUCCUCUGGAAGGCAUUUCGGGAGAUGAGAGGCAGAGUGCCCACUCAGAAACACCACCCCACCCAUCAGGAAUAGCACCCAAAUUCAGGAUCUCAGCGAUUCCAUACAAACAAUGACAUUGAAAAGAAGUCAGUGCUGCAGAGGAGACCUGGAUCCACGGAGACAUGCAAGAUGCCUACAUUCAGAGAAAGCUUCUCUCUGAAGAAACCGACAAUAGCACAGUCAUUGGAAGAGCUGCAGUUGGAGCCCAGGAGGAGACAACGGAAGGCUGGGACCAUGAGGUGUGGGCUAGAGGAAAGAAAAGAGACUUCUCUUCUAGCCAAGAUGAAAGACAGACGAACCAUCCAGGAAACUCCAGGGUUCCUGCAGAGUGAAGUCCGUGACCAGGAAGAUAAAAUGGAGGAACAGGCACAAGAAGAAGAUGCACAUGCCAAUCUCUCAAGGACACAACCACCUUCAGUACAUUUUUUUUCAAGUAUGACAAAUUCAGAUAUCACAGCACUGCCAUCUUCGUGGUCAUUAUCCACUGAAAUGCCUCUCAGUUACUCUCUGUCCAGCCCUCAGAUUAGUGGAGUAAAUAUACCAACAAUUGCACCAAAGGCUCUUAAAUCAACUACAGUGAGCCAUUCCCAAUCAGAAAGCAGCUUAGGAGUCAACAGCUUCAUAAUUCCAAAGAAAAAGACUGUGUUGUUUCAUGCUUCUGAGACAGCUGUGACUGGGGAAGGAGAGGAUUAUUUCCUGUCUUUGUUUGGCAAUUCAAAGACACUUUGUGCACACUCAUCCCAUACUGAGAAAACUUGGAAGCACUUUUCUAUUAUUCUUGAAGAAAUGAGCCAAUCUAGAUCAAGUUGCUGCCCUGGUGCUGGAGUUCAGAAUGAGUACGUCUUGAAUGCCAAGGGUUUAUUCGUGAGGCUCAUUAACUCUUCUGUUGACAAAGAACUGGAAAUUGGAAAUCAUAUACUCCAGCAAAAAGUGAAUGGACAAACAGUCUGUUUGUACAGAUUCCUUUCAAAUAUCACAAUGCAGGCCAAUUCCACAGUAACAGUCUGGGCAGCAGCAUCUGAAGCAAAGCAUCAGCCACCAUCAGAUUUUCUUUGGAAGGAAGAAAACAAGUUUACAUCCAUCCCGAAUUGUACGACAAUCCUGUGCAAACCUAAUGGUGAG